ACGACAUUGGCGGAAUGCACGUGGAGCGGCUGACGAGCGAAGAACCGUACAGCGGACUCGUUAUCGUGAUUAUGAUGCAACACCUGUACGCCACACAGCUGGUCACGAUCUUCGUACCGACGACGCUGAUCAACCUGAUUUCCUUCGCCACUUUCUGCUUCAAGUGGUUCGACUUCCAGAACCGCAUCAUGGUCUCCCUCACGGCCCUGCUCGUCCUCAGCACCCUCUUCGCCCAGAUCUCCGACAACCUUCCAAAGACCUCGUACUUCAAGCUCAUCGACAUCUGGUUCUUCGGCUCCAUCCUCUUCUCCUUCGUGAUCAUCAUCAUCCACACGCUCGUCGAGUUCCACCAUCACUAUGCCUCUCCGAACCACACCUCCGGAUCUACCCCACUUUCAUCACACACUUUCCGCAAACCCAUUUCGGUGCAGGAUCUCUCCAAGCCACCCAAGGCCCCGCCUCAUCCUUACAAGCGAGCCAUGCUGAUCAACCGGUGGGGAAUGAUCAUCUCCACCUGCUCAUAUGCAAUCUUCUUCCUCACUUUCUGGGGCAUCGCUUUUUCGCAGAAGAUCUCGGAGAAUGCGAAGCACAUUGAGGCUGAGGAGGGGAACACAACGGGGUAUCCAGAUUAGGAUGGAAAUGGGACCAAA